CAAGGCGAUUUAUGAUGAAAUCUGUGACCAAGUGGAAGGAACACGGUCUGUUCUUCUCAUUUGCGAAGAUAUCAAACAACUUGAAUAUGUUUAUGAUCGAUUAAACAAAUGCUUUCAGAUGGACCACAAUGCCGGUGAAAGAGCAAAAGAAUGUUUUCGAAAUAUUACAACUUACAAACGUGAACAUGACGAUUUCAAUUUUGAAGAUAAAAAUGAAUUUCAGCCACAUCGAUUAAUUAUCGCGACUAAUCUUGCCGGACGAGGAACAGAUAUAAAAUUGAGUAAAUCUGUUAUUGACGCCGGAGGUUUACAUGUGAUUACUGCAUUUAUGCCAAAAAAUUGUCGAAUUGAAGAACAAGCCUACGGUCGUGCUGCAAGGUGUGGUCAACCGGGUUCUGCACAAAUCAUCGCGUUUGCCGAAGCGGCCGAUGACGCUGUCCAGCCGUCUGUUUUUCAACUGAAAAUGUUUCGCGAUAAUGCUGAAGUUCAUCGCUUACAAUCAUUGGGAAGUUUUUACGAUUUUCAUACUGAAAUCGAGGAAAAAUGUUUAGAAAAAUUCCGUUCCUAUUGUCAACAUGCUCUUAGUGCUAUUUAUUCAAACAAUGCUACUGCAAAUGAUGAAUCUUUUCCAACAUUACCACAAGUUGUUUAUUUUGCUCUGCUGGAUCAAUGGGCCCUUUGGCUCGAUAGUAAAGCUUCUCUCAUCAAACAAUGCGCAGCCGAACAUAGUAUACCAUUGAAAAAGAAAAUAACCGAUUCUGUCGAUGAAUUUCUAAACACGCAUCAGUUCGGAAAUCUAUCAAAUUGUUUCGAAGUCGCCAAAACUUGGAUCAAUGCUCCGCAAUCGUUAUUAACGAUUGG